AUGUGGCUCCUUGGUUUCUCUACAAACAACCGAAGAAACCUAUGGAUAAUUGGUGCAAUUCUGCUGGUGAUCCUUCUGACCGUGAUCUUAAAGAAGUGGGUCGUCUACCUUGAGUUCCAAGCAACCAAAUGUUCCAAAAGAGAAGGCGAUGGGAAACAACACCGAGGAAGUUCAAUUUCAAAGAGCAGUUUGUGUGGGCCUGGUGUUAUAAGAACGUAUGCUCUUGAAGAGCUGAGGACGGCGACGAGGGAGUUCAAGAUUCAGAUAGGCGUCGGAGGCACAUCUUUGGUGUAUCUUGCGGAGCUUGGCGACGGAAGAUUUGGUGCAGUGAAGCGGGUGAUGGAGGAGAGAGGUGGGAGCAAGAAGAUGUUCUUGGAUGAAAUUUCUGUUCUGCUUAGGAUCUCUCAUCCCAAUUUGGUGGGCUUAUUGGGCUUUUGCUUGGAGAAAGGAGAACAACUUCUACUACUAGAAUACGUUCCAAACAAGAGCCUUUUCGAAAAAAUGCACACAUACCAUGGCCAAUUGUCAGGGAUAUUGACAUGGUCGAACCGCUUGAGCAUUGCCCUAGACAUAGCUCGGGCCCUUGAUUACCUCCACACUCAAGCCGACCCGCCCAUAAUUCAUAGAGAUGUCAAAUCCUCCAACAUUCUCUUAAUCGACAAUAACCACGCCAAGCUUGCCGACUUUGGGCUUUGCAAGUUGGGCCAUGACACAAGCCACGGGUCACGAAUGCCGACUACCGUGAAAGGCUCGUUGGGCUAUGUCGACACUUACUACUUAAACACGGGUCUGGUAUCGCCAAAAAGUGAUGUGUAUAGUUUUGGGGUCCUCUUGCUUGAGCUAAUAACGGGCCUAAAAUCCAUACAAGGCUCAGAGACUCUUGCAGGAUGGACCGAGGAGUGCCGCAAGAAGGAUGACAUUGAAGUCUUGGUUACUUUGUUGGACCCAAAACUCAAUGGUAAUGCAAAUUUAGUGCAGCUUCGGGUGUUGAUCAAUGUAGCCAACUCAGCAUUACUUCAUAAUUCUGAAGGGAGGCCGGACAUGAGAAACAUUGUACAUACGAUUUCAAGUUGUAUGGAGCCUCAAUUUCUGCUCGAUUUGCCUGUAUAA